UGUGCUCUCAAAAUGCGCGAUUUGAGGAGAUCUCGGCCAAUGCACAUUUUGUUUUUGUAGAGGUGUGCAUAUUGUGGACCAUGACCGCCAAGUCUCAUCAUCAUCAAAAGAGGAAGAAGUCAAAGCACCAUGCACCAGCAUCAUCCAUCACCACUUUCGAAGAGGUCGAUGAUUCUUCGGUGAAUGGCGAAAGCAAAGGCCAAAAAGUGGUAUCUGUCCUGGAGUACCUCUUCCCUGUCGUGGCCGGUUUGUGUUUGUGGAGGUCAUUUUCUCAGGCCAAAGAGUCAAGCCACUGGUCCACUUUAUUACUGGGGCGAUCGCAAAGAGUGGCUCUAGAUCAUGGCAUCAUCAAUUGGACGACUCUGCUGCCAGAACCGCAAUCUUCAGACUUGGAAGAGGCCCUCGGGUCAUAUUCUGCAUCUCCGUGUCGCUUUGUCAUGAGCCAAUCCAUGGUACCUGGUGGCAAUAGUAGUGCUGGCUGGGGUAUCUUUUCCUUGGUGGAUAUUCAGCCCCAAGACAAGCUCUUGUACGGUGAUAUGAGGAUCCAGCUGGUGGAUGUACAGAAUCACCAGUACGAGGGAUUGGCGCAUCUUCUCUACAACUACACUUGGAAGGCCAAGUAUGGCACCGUGGAAGGCACAGAGGUUCAGACGGUGGUUCCUGGUAUGAGUAUGCUCAGCAACACUGGAUGGGAUCACCACUUUCAGGCCAUGGCUGGCAAACCAACCCCUCCGGAACCAGGAACGGAGGGAACCAGGGGGUCGCCAACGGCUGGCUCGUUUACGCAUUACCACAAUCGGCAGUAUUUCGCGAUUCAGGCAGUUCCCAAAGGACAAGAGAUAUUGGUGAACUAUGGACAAAACUUUGUCGGGGAAAAGCUGGCACAUGCUACUACCGAUUUAGCAGCUCCAUUGACCCUAGCAUCCUUGCAAAAACCAGUCUCCGAGCUGCAGACAAAUGGCAUGUGCUUGGACAAUAUUGCCAGUGCGGAAGCACCUGGUCGAGGAGGAAGAGGUGCAUUUGCCACUCGAGAUCUUUCAAAAGGAACUGUGGUGGCGCCACUGCCAUUGAUACCACUGAACCGCACUUCCUUGGACAUUUACACGGACAGUCGCUAUCCGAAUGCCAAGAAACAGUUGCUACUCAAUUACUGCUACGGACAUGAAAACAGCACAUUGCUCCUGUUCCCGUACUCGCCGGUUGUCAAUUAUAUCAACAGCGUUGGCAAGGACGAGCCAACAAAUGCUGUCCUGCGGUGGUCCGCUCAGGCGCAAAACUUGGAGCAAAGUCUGCAAGACUCGGCGCAAGACAUUUUGGCAAGUCGCCGCUGGGGUCUCCUCUUGGAGGUGGUUGCCACGCGAGACAUUUCCCAGGGAGAACAGAUUCUGAUAGACUACGGUCAAACCUGGCAUGAUGCUUGGACACGCCACGUGCAGCAGUUUCAACCCGACAACGAUCGUAGCAGAUCUCCUCCGUAUGUGUAUGCGUCGCGUCUCAAUCAACUCAAGAUGGUACGAACACAAGACGAACAGGCGCAAAACCCGUAUCCAGACAACGUGGAAACAUUCUGCGUUUAUCAAUACUCGGAAACCAUCCAGUAUCAUCCGUGGCCUCAUCAUCAGCAUGUCACCACCGCCAAGAAAGACACCUGCCGAAAGGUAACUCACGAAGCAUGGCCCCCGCACACCCGGAUGGUCCCAGACUAUCUACGACCAUGUCGAAUUCUCGAUCGCAAAGAAGGGGAUGCUUUUUAUACUGUGGAGGUGCUCAACGACGACAAGGGUUCCGUCGUUGCCGGGAGCAUCCCUUGGGGAGAGCGCCAUAUUGUCACCGGCAUGCCCCGCAACGCCAUUUGUUUUCUGGACAAGGUCUAUUCCACCGAUCAGAACUUGGCGUCUGCCUUUCGGCGCGAGAUUGGACUGCCUGGCGGUGUGUUUCCGACGGCGUGGAUGGAUCUGGUAGAAUGAACUAUCUGUCCUUUGGGAUACGGUUAGGGUAGAUGUGAGGCUCGACAACUAACAUUAGGCAACCCGUCUUCUUCUGAUAAAGAUUUUCAAAGUAAUAGAGUUGAGACAAACACCACUUUCUACUACUCUACAUAGUUCCAACGUUUCAUUUU